AUGCCUAACUCACAAGGCAAAAAUGGGAGAGGUGUUGUUAGUCAUGCAAUCAUAAGACUGCUUGUAGAGCAGUAUGUUGCCAAUGGUUACAGCAAUCAAGAGAUCAUCUCUCAUCUUUGGGCACACCAGGAGACUAGCAAGUUCAAUAUAUUAUUGAGCCUCUUGAAAAAGCGACGUUCACAGUGGGGAGUUACAUCUGCCUGUGGUCAAGCGCACACAAUUGAAAGCAUUGGACCUGCCAUUGAGUGUGUUUGUCAACGGUUCCCCAAACAGGGCUUGCACGACAUGAAGCAAACCCUUAGGCAAGAGGAACAUAUUAUGGUUCCAAGAGACUUAAUACUGCGGUACAUGAACCUUCACCAUCUGGAUGAAGUUCAGCGCCAGAAGAGUCGCCGGCUCAAACGCAGCACUUUUUGGACUGCAGGUCUUCAUGACAUUUGGGUUUUUGACCAACAUGACAAGUGGCGUUGUUUUCAGCUCUUUCUACAUGUUGGUAUUGAGCCGUUCUCAGGGCAAAUACUCUGGCUCAAGAUCUGGUGGACCAAUCACAAUCCACGCUUGAUCUGUGGCUGGUAUUGUGACAUGGUCCAAAGCCUUGGAGCUAUGCCUCUCGUUACCCAAAGCGAUCUGGGCACAGAGAACAAUGGGAUUGUGAAUGGUCACACCAUGCUUCGUCAUCUUCAAGAUCCAGGUCUAGCACGCACCCUGCAGCACAAGUUCAGAGGUGACCAUCACAAUAUAAAGCCAGAAAUUUUCUGGAGCCAAUUGUGCCAUUGCUGGACUCUGGGUUUCGAAGAUAUUCUCGAUUUCGGUUUGAGUGCAAGCAUCUAUAACCCAGAUGAUGCACUUGAAAGACUUGUAUUUCACUUUGUUUUCAUUCUGUGGCUCCAGCAUGAGCUCGAUCUUUUUGCCAAUAAGUUAAACAACACUAAACCCUGCUUCAACAUGCACAAAAUCCUACCACAUGGUUGCCCCAAUGAUAUCUUUGAUUGCCCUGAGAAAUUUGAUUGCCAGGACUUCUCUGAAUUCUCCCAGCAGGCUACGACAUUCAUGUCUGAGCUUGGUCAUACUGUACUGACUUGUGACAAUAUCUGGGAUACUUAUUCAGGUGAGGAUCCUAUUCAAAGUGUCAUCACUGCACAGCCAAAAAUCCCGUGUGACAGUGAAAAACUAAUUGGGUCUGAGGAGAUGGAUGUUCUGGAUUUACCGCCAUUUGUUGAAGGGGCUGGAUAUCAUGUACCCACUGGUGAAUCUGCGGCAGUCAACUCAUCAGAUGAAGAGUUUGACUUCUACAAGUUUACCUGGACAGAUGAGUAG